AUGUCAGCAACACUAACAAACCUCUCACACGAUGAUCUGUUUAAUAUUCUCGAUUUUAUUUAUCCCUUCUUUUCAGAAUAUGUCAAGGCAGUAGGAGGAAAACAAUUCGAAGCUCAACAUAAACGAGAAUAUUUAGCCAAGAUAAUUUUCGGAAUUAUGAAAGGAAAUAAUGAGAGGAAGGAUUGGAUUUUGGAUUUUCGUGGUAAACACUCUAAAAUUAUGGGAAUUAAACUUGUUUCCAAUUUGAAUUAUAAUGAAUACUUUUACAAAUCGCUCGACGAUUCGAAUGUUUAUGUUCCUGCUUUAUAUUUGAGAAAGUUUUAUGAGGAUUUAGUUAAGGAAGUGAAGAAUUGGUUACUCAUUGCAAAGAAUGGUCUUUUCUAUGAAAUUUUAAUGCAAAGUCACAUUCCAAUAGUUCAACUUUUUUGGGAAAGUUUAUUUCACAUUAUUUAG